AGUGUGGCAUGGUUGUAAUAAAAGGAAGAAGAAGGACCCACUCCCUACCUCUGUUAGGACCAAAAUAGACAGAAAAACUGACAUCAGUUCGUCAAAAAUGGCUGCCACCGGAGUUCUUCCCUUCAUUCGGGGGGUCGACCUCAGUGGAAACGACUUUAAAGGAGGGUACUUCCCUGAGCAUGUUAAGUCUAUGAGCAGCCUGCGAUGGCUGAAACUCAACAGGACAGGUCUUUGUUACCUCCCAGAAGAGCUGGCCUCUCUGCAGAAGCUGGAGCACCUCUCUGUGAGUCACAACAGCCUGACCACCUUACACGGAGAGCUGUCCAGCCUACCGAAUCUCCGGGCAGUUGUAGCCAGAGCCAACAACCUGAAGAACUCUGGAGUCCCAGAUGACAUCUUUCAGCUCGAUGACCUUUCUGUGCUGGAUCUGAGUUACAACCAGCUGACGGAGAUCCCUAGAGACCUGGAGAACAGCAGGAACAUGCUGGUGCUGAAUCUGAGCCACAACAGCAUCGACUCCAUCUCCAACCAGCUGUUCAUCAACCUCACAGACCUGCUGUACCUGGACCUGAGCGACAACAAGCUGGACAGCCUGCCACCGCAGAUGAGACGCCUGGUUCACCUGCAGACGCUGGUCCUGAACAACAACCCGCUUAUGCACGCACAGCUGCGGCAGCUUCCAGCCAUGCUGGAGCUACAGACCCUUCACCUGAGGAACACUCAGAGGACUCAGAGCAACAUGCCGACAAGCCUGGAGGGACUGACUCAUUUAGCAGAUGUAGAUUUGUCCUGUAACGACCUGACACGGGUACCGGAGUGCCUCUACUCCUUAGGCAGUCUGAAGAGACUCAACCUGAGCAGUAAUCAGAUUACUGAGCUCUCCCUGUGCAUCGACCAGUGGACCCAGCUGGAGACGCUCAACCUGAGUCGCAACCAGCUCACAUCUCUGCCUUCUGCCAUCUGUAAGCUUUCCAAGCUGAAGAAGCUGUAUGUCAAUUCCAACCAACUGGACUUUGACGGGCUUCCUCCGGGUGUCGGUAAGCUGGCGAGCCUCACGGAGUUCAUGGCUGCCAACAACAACCUGGAGCUCGUCCCCGAGGGACUCUGCAGGUGUGGCAAACUGAAGAAGCUAGUGCUGAAUAAAAACCGCCUGGUGACGCUGCCUGAAGCCAUCCACUUCCUGACAGACUUGGAGAUUCUAGACGUGCGUGAAAACCCCAACCUGGUCAUGCCUCCAAAACCUGCGGACCGGACAGCCGAGUGGUACAACAUCGACUUCUCCCUUCAGAACCAGCUCCGCCUGGCCGGAGCUUCGCCCGCCACCGUAGCUGCUGCAGGGGGAGGAUCCAGCCCCAGAGAUCACAUGGCGAGGAAGAUGAGGCUGCGAAGAAGGAAGGACUCCUCUCAGGACGAUCAGGCGAAGCAGGUCUUGAAAGGCAUGAGUGACGUUGCACAAGAGAAGAAGAACAUGGAGGAAAACGGCGAUUUAAAAUAUGGUGAUUUAAAAGUCCGCCGCUGGGACAAGAGCCUAGAGAAGCCUCAGCUGGAUUACUCCGAGUUCUUCCUGGAGGACGUGGGACAGAUUCCAGGUGUGUCAGUGUGGCAGAUAGAGAACUUUAUUCCCAUGCAAGUGGACGAAGCGUUCCACGGCAAGUUCUACGAGGCGGACUGCUACAUCAUCCUGAAGACCUUUUUGGACGAUAACGGAGCGCUAAACUGGCAGAUCUACUACUGGAUUGGUCAGGAAGCCACACUGGACAAGAAGGCCGGUUCAGCCAUCCAUUCUGUCAACCUGAGGAACUUCUUAGGAGCCGAGUGCAGAACGAUCCGAGAGGAGAUGGGAGACGAGAGCGAGGAGUUCAGUGCCGUCUUUAACAACGAGAUCUCCUACAUCGAGGGAGGAACAGCCAGUGGGUUUUACACUGUGGAAGACACGCAUUAUCCCGCCAGAUUGUACAGAGUUUACGGCAAGAAGAACAUCAGACUGGAGUCUGUGCCAGUGAAGGCCUCCUCUCUCGACCCUCGCUUUGUGUUCUUAUUGGACACGGGGCUGGAAGUUUCCAUCUGGAGAGGAGCCAACGCUACCCUCGGAGGCACUACGAAGGCCAGGUUGUUUGCUGAAAAGAUAAAUAAGAAUGAGCGGAAGGGGAAGGCAGAGAUUGUGACCCUCUCACAGAAUCAGGAGCCUCCAGAGUUCUGGGAGGUUCUGGGAGGUCAACCAGAGGAGAUCAGGAAGCACGUACCGGAUGACUUCUCCCCUGUCAGACCCAAACUGUACAAGGUGGGCCUGGGCCUGGGCUACCUGGAGCUGCCUCAGGUCAACUACAAGCUGUCUGUCGAGCACAAAGACCACAAGAUCAAGCUGGACACGCUGCCGGAGCUCAGACUAGUCCAGUCUCUGCUGGACACCAAGUGUGUGUACAUCCUGGACUGCUGGUCGGACGUCUUCAUCUGGAUCGGGAGGAAGUCCCCGCGCCUUGUUCGAGCCGCGGCGUUGAAACUGGGCCAGGAGAUCUGUUCCAUGCUGCAUCGACCCAAACACUGCUGCGUGACCCGUAAUCUGGAGGGAACGGAGAGCCAGGUGUUUAAAUCCAAGUUUAAGAACUGGGACGACGUGUUGAAGGUGGACUACACCAGAGCGGCUGAGACGGUGCAGCAGACGGAUAACCUGCAGGGCAAGGUGAAGAAGGAUGCCGAGCAGAAGGACCAGAUGAAGGCUGACCUCACGGCGCUGUUCCUUCCCCGGCAGCCCGCCAUGCCGCUGUCUGAGGCUGAGCAGCUGAUGGAGGAGUGGAACGAGGACUUGGAUGGGAUGGAGGGAUUUGUGCUGGAGGGAAAGAAGUUCACCCGCCUGCCCGAGGAGGAGUUUGGACACUUCUUCACUCAGGACUGUUACGUCUUCCUCUGCAGAUACUGGGUUCCUGUGGAGUACGAGGAAGAUGAGGAGAAGGAGAAGAAGCAGGGCGGUGAGGGAGGAGGAAAAGGAGAUGAGGAAGAGGAGGACAAACAGCCUGAGGAGGACUUCCAGUGUGUGGUGUACUUCUGGCAGGGCAGACAGGCCUCCAACAUGGGCUGGCUCACCUUCACCUUCUCCCUGCAGAAGAAGUUUGAGAGUCUUUUCCCUGGAAAACUGAAGGUGGUGCGGAUGACCCAGCAGCAGGAGAACCUCAAGUUCUUGUCUCAUUUCAAGAGGAGGUUCAUCAUCCACAAGGGGAAGAGGAAACAGAACACGGACUCGGCCCAGCCCUCCCUCUACCACAUCCGUACCAACGGCAGCGCCCUCUGCACCAGGACCAUCCAGAUUGGGACGGACUCCGGUAAUCUCAACUCUGAGUUCUGCUUCAUCCUCAAGGUACCUUUUGAGAGCACAGACAACCAGGGCAUCGUGUACACGUGGGUGGGCCGGGCCGCGGACCCGGAUGAGGCCAAACUGGCCGAGGACAUCAUGAACGCCAUGUUUGACGACACGUACAGCAAGCAGGUGAUUAACGAGGGGGAGGAGCCAGAGAACUUCUUCUGGGUUGGAAUUGGUUCUCAGAAGCAGUACGAUGAAGAUGCAGAGUAUAUGAAACACGCUCGGCUCUUCAGGUGCUCCAAUGAGAAAGGCUAUUUCUCAGUUUCUGAGAAGUGUUCAGACUUUUGUCAGGACGACCUGGCCGACGAUGACAUCAUGCUGCUGGACAACGGCAAAGAGGUGUACAUGUGGGUGGGCACUCAGACCAGCCAGGUGGAGAUCAAACUCAGCCUGAAAGCCUGUCAGGUGUACAUCCAACACAUGCGCUCCAAAGAGGUCGAGCAGCCGAGGAAGCUGCGUCUGGUGAGGAAGGGAAACGAGCCUCACUGCUUCACGCGCUGCUUCCACGCCUGGGGGCAGUUCAAGACCCCGCCAUCGUAAACCCAACGCCACCAAUAACUCCCAUUAAAUCCAUUUGAUGCCAUAUCAUUUUUUAUCUUCAUGCCUGUCCCAGCUCUACUGGGUAAAAAGUUCCAACAGAUGAUGAAAUACUACAUUUUUCCUCUCUGGUGUUUAUAUGCAAGCUUGAGUGUUUCUGCGGGAUGAAAGAAGAGAUUUAUAUUUUAAGAUGGAGGUGCACGAAUGAUUUCUAAACGUGUCGCUCUGCUGCUCUCGUAGAAUCGGGUCUGGGUCACACCCCUUUAUGCUCGUCUUACAGGAAGCGGCUUCAGAUGCAAAUGCGGUAAAGUCCGUUUACACCCUUCUGGCCCGUCUCUCGCCCACGUCUGGUUCUCUCCCUCUCUAAGGAUGCAUUUGGAGACGCUCCAGGCGGGACUUUUAUUUAUUCUCGGCCAAACGCGAGGGUUUUCGUCUUUUUUUUUGUUUGUUUUUUUUCGAUUGGUGUGAAAAAGUGCAAUCGGGUCAGCCUGGGACUACCUGAAACAAAACGGUUCCUCUUCUGUCGUUUUUGCUCAGAAAGAUGUUUAUUUUUUGUGAUUUUAUUUUAACAAACGGGUUUAAAAUCAAAGCCAGAUAAUGGGAGAUGGCUGCAGCGCUGCUGGUGAUCAUGUGACCAGUGUCAUCUGCUGUCACUAGUCCAACCACAUGUGUCCAGUUUAGGGAGGGGGGUUAGCAUGCACACAUUUAAGUGUGUAUUUAAAUUUGUGUACAUGCUCCUGAUGCCACCUGCAGAUGCUUUAUUUAUGUAUUUUAUAUAAAAUUAAAAUGUCACAUUGCUUA